UGCGAUUACGUUAUCCGAGGCCGAUCUUCAAAGCUUAACGUAUAUUUUACUCAUCGUCCUGUCUGGAGCCUACCUUAUCGCGCUCUCCAUUGAUCUAAUUAGCCAAUUCGGAGGAGGAGAAUUGGGCGGGAUACCGAUAUUUCUGUUCACGUUACUGGGCACGAUAUUAUUCGCCGUAACUGGAAUUCUUUUGUUACUUUUUACGUUUACUCCGUGGUACAUAUUAACGGUAGCGUGUCUUUCCGUUUUCAUGUUCAUUCUCUUUGUGAUCCAAUUAGCACUCAUACUGAUGUAAGUUUCCACGUUUUAUAUCGAAAUUAUAAAGUUUUCCAACGCUGUAUGUUAUCUUGUUGCCAGAUUUUGGAAACGUAACUGUAAUAUCUGCCAAGUGUGCUCUCCCCUGUGCGAGGUGUAUCUCUACAAUCUAGACGGUCAAACAUGACCUAAUGACCAGCGUGAGCCAGAUCAAAUUAUACGACGACGGCCAAGAGGUUGAUCACACUUUCAGAAAAGUUGCACAGGCAAACCGGCGACAAUACAUGGAUUCUUCAAUCAGCGCUCAGAAAUUAUGCCACGUGGAUGCUGCUGACAUUCAAACGGAACAUUAUCCGAUAGCGAUAGCACAAAAUCAGACUCUUCAAGAAAUGAGAGAGAUGGACGUGCAAACAUUGAGCAAGUGUGAGCUGUGCCAUCAACAGAUACAACUUUGCGCAAGUUCCUCAGCUUUGAUCAAGAAUCAAUUUCAAUGCGCAACUUGUCCCGCGUUUAUACAGCUUUUUAAAGGAAUGUCUUGUUCAAAAUGUGUUACAGGUAUGAUGCAGACGUCACGACAGAACCGGCAGCUACAGGUACACCAACCGAAAUUUGACAGGGAAACGAUGAAGGGAAGAAAUUUGAUACGACCCACGAAGAGAAAGAAUUCCGGCGAAAUGUUGACGAGUGGCCAGCAACAAGAUUUGAAAGAUUGCUCAUCAAUGAUCACCAAACUCACUCUCGCUUCGUGCUGUGCCCCGUCGGAAAAAACUCACAUAACGAGUCAAACUGCAUCGAAAACAAAAAACAGCAAAGAGAGAUUGAAGAGAACGAAACUGAUCACGUUGAACAGAGACAGAAAGAAGAUAAUAAAAGUAAGAAGGUCGAGGACUUCUUCAUCGAGUAAGACCUCGCAACAAAACUCCUAUUCUCAAAUAAUUGAAAAUGGAAAUAAGGUGUUGGAGAACGUGUCCGAAAAUUCUAUCGUGUUGAUACCGGCCAACGAUUCGAAAUCGGUGGACGAGAUCCAUAGAAUAGUGAGCAUAGGAUGUAAGAACAAUCCUCAUCCGUCCACCGACUCCAAUCGAAUGGAGGAACGGUUGCACGAGAUAGAAGACACGAAUAAGGAGAGAACGUCGCAAUCUGACAACGAGACGAGGCUGAUCGUAGCAAAUAAAAGAGCACCGAUCGAGAAGCAAAUAGAGAUCACGAACGAGUGCCAAGGUACGUGCGACACGAUGCAUUCGAAGGUCACGAUUAAAUCGGAAACAAGAACCACGAAUUCGAAGAACCCGGGCAAGAAUCCUGCAGCAAGGAGGCAACCGCGGAGAAAAAUAGAGAAAUUGCAGCAAACCGAAUUGAUAAAUAGACGUGAGAAUGAAACGCAGACCGUAGAUGAUUUAGAAACAUUAUCGAGAGGUAAAAGAAGUUACACGAAAGGUCUUCGAAAAAACAGGGUGAAACCUGCCGAUGCAUCAGGUAGCGAUAUAAGUAUCACGCUUGUGCCAUCGUCUAAUCCCAACUCGGCACCUUCCAUCCAUAAAAACAAAAAACUCGGUCUACAGAACAGCGCUUCGUUGCACGAGAAAUACAUUAAUAUUUGCCCAGCUUGUAAAAGGCCGCAGGUACCCCUGAAGACGCCUCCCUUUCAGUAUUACUCCGUUAACAAGGAUAAACGAGGACGAUUCUAUUGCGACAAUUGUGCACCCCCAGCCUCGAUUAAGGUAUCGUUCAAAAGGACGGAUCAACAACGUUUAAAAUGCUGCACAUGCGGCAAUUAUUUACGUCUAAAGAACAGUCAGACACCUCGAUACAAAUCUGACCAUUGUCCACAGUGUGAUUUAUCGUUAUCACGUAAUAUUUCAUCGACGUAAAUUUUUCGAUAAACUCGACGAGAUAUUCAUUGUAUCAUCACACUUAGAUAAUUAAGGAAGACCAAUCCAUGUGUACAUAUAAACGAGAAUUUUAUACUAAACGAUCGUGCGGAAAUAUAAUAGACAGUGUAGUAACAAAUCGGCGCAAAAUGCUCAAUCACAACAAAAAAAAAAAAAAA